AUGAUCGACUACACUCCCGCUCUUAGCCAACCCAUACCCCUUCCAUCAUCCUCAACACAGCGCACCGUGCCCCUCCUUACUGUCCAACUACCUCCCUCACCACCCGCCACGCCCCCAGGCUACGGCUUCAAGUCGGACGCCUUCUACGACAUGUCCCAUCACGCCUCGAGUUCGUCCAGCACUCAUCAGCGUCAUCUUCCCAUAUCACCUCUCGACGACUCGCCCCUCUCCCUUCCCACUCUCCUCUCGGACGACGAGGACCUGUCGCCUGGCGGGUCCACUGGUCUCCAGACUCCUCCCUCCAUCCACAUCGUCGAGCCCUCCCUUACCCACAUCAUCACCGAGCACGCCAUGCUCAACGCGUUCGCGCAGGAGACAACGCCCAGUGUCAAGCAGGAUGGCUUCGAGCGGCGGGCCACCUACCCCCUCCUCAGCCCUCAACGGCCGCUCGUAAAGAAGCAGAUGUGGCCGCACAUUGAGCGUCCCGCUUCCCCUCCUACUACACCGAAGGGUCACCCGCUCUCCAAGGGACAGACUUACUUCAACUUCCAAUCCAUCGUACCCAUCUCCAAACCCAAAGCCGGACCCGGCCACACCUCUACCCUAUCCUACCUCCUCCGCGUCCCCCGUCGAUCGCGUCCUUUGGUGCUCGUCGUCUUCUGCGUCGUUGUCUUUGCCCUCGUCGCAUUGACAAAUGGCAGUCCUCGCGCUCCUGCCGGCGCGUCGACCCGAGUUCAGGCAACUGCCUUCGCCAAGAUGGAUGCGCCAAUUGUCCCGCACGCAACGGUUCGGCCGACGGAUCUACCAUCUAUCGCUUUCGAGUCGGCCGAGGAGGAGCUAGCGGCUCUCAUCAGCUUCAUCACAUCCACAUCAGCCAACAGCCUGCCCUCGCUCGACCCCACAAAGCCCCUUGAACCCGGCGCGGUUCUCGACUUUGAUCCUACCCACCCUAACGCCCGCGAGGAUCUUAAUCUGCUCAAGGACGAGAUCCACACCCUCUACCCUCUUAUCCUCUUCGGCAAGAUGCGCGAUCCAUGGCACCGAGAAGUCAAAAAGAUGCUCGCCGAAUACAAGAUCGUCCCCGCGCCACUCAUUAUCGAGCUCGACCAGCGUCGGGAUAACGAGAUGCUCUCGCCCCUCCUCGCUCGGCUGCUGGGGACCAAGGAGCUGCCGCUGCUCACGCUCUUCGGGAAGAGCUUGGGGAGCUACCACGAUGUGCUGGAUCUCAGGGAGAAGGGGGAGUUGAAGGCGGUGCUUGAGGAAGGAGGGAUGAGUGUCAAGGCGGCCAAGAAGAACAAGAAGACAAAGAAGGAGAGGGAGAGGGAGGAGAAUGAGCGGAUCUUGGGACCGAGGCCGAUCGUCGAUGGGAUCUAG